AUGAGAGAUACCCUCAAAGUGAAUAUAUCUCAUUUCGAGAAUCUGUGUACUGAGAAAAUAACGAAAAGAACUAUUCUAGCUGCUGCUCACAGAAUUUUCGAUCCUUUGGGAUUUGCUUGUCCAAUAACCUUAAUUCCCACACUUCUUUUACAACAUUUAUGGAAAGGAAACAUCAGCUGGGAUCAGGAAGUAGAUGCAGAUACAAAGAAAGAAUUUUUAAAAUGGAUGAAAGAUGUACCUUUUUUGUCUAAAGCUGAAGUCCCAAGAUCGAUAAAAUUUGGGAAAGUAAAUGAUAAGCAUUCUUUACAUGUGUUUUGUGAUGCAAGUCAAUUUGCAUAUGCGACAGCAGUCUUUCUUUGUGUUGAAAAAGAAAACUCAGUGUAUACUCAACUUCUAUAA